GUGCAGUCUCAGUGUGUGCUGAUAAGCCAAUCAUAGUGUUUUUCAGAGUCAAAAUGGCAAAAUACAAGGUGACUGUGCACACACACAACAUCGCAACUGCCACCACGAUGAACAACGUCUUCAUCAAGCUGGUUGGCGAAAAAGGAGAGAGUAAGCGCACGUGGCUCACUAGCUUGACGGGAGGCUUCUAUCAAGGCACGGCGUCUCGUGAAUUCGACGUGGUGUGCCCCUUUUCACUCGGCACGCUGGUGCUGAUAGAGCUGGACAAACAGCCCCUCCCACUCUUCCCCCAGGACGCCUGGUUCCCGUCCAAGGUUGUCGUGACGACGCCAGAGGGAGACACAUGCCAGUUCCCCAUCUACCGUUGGAUUAUGGACAAGGAGGUGCACCUGUUCAGAGAGGGCACAGCUAAAAGACUCUGUGAUGAAACUAAUCAUCUUGCCAGGUACAGCAGAGAAAAGGAGAUGAAGAAGAGAACUGAGCAGUACUGCUGGGAUACCUACAAGGAGGGUUUCCCCGGCAGCAUGAAGGCAGACAACCCUCUGGAUCUUCCCAGCGAGAUCCAAUUCUCGUUCACCAAGGCCACCCAGUUCCUCUUCACCGCCGCCACCGGGAUCACUGAGCUGAAACUGAAGGGGUAUUCCAACAGCAAGAAGAACUGGAAAAACAUUGAUGAAAUCAGCAAAGUCUUCUGCUGCAAUAGAACUGUCAUCUCAGACUACGCACAGGAGCACUGGAAGGAAGAUGAGUUUUUUGGGUACCAGUAUCUGAACGGCUGCAACCCCAUGUUGAUCCGUCGCUGCUCGGAGUUGCCGGCAAAUUUCCCCGUCACAGAAGACAUGGUCAAGCCCUCUCUUCGUGGAUCGUCCAGCCUCCUAAGGGAAUUGCAGAGCGGCAACAUAUUCCUGCUUGACUACAAGAACCUUAAUGGAUUAAAGGCAAACGUGAUCAAUAGGAAAAAACAGUACAUGGCGGCUCCUCUGGUCCUGCUCUACAGAACCCCUGAUGACAUGCUGGUUCCCAUCGCCAUCCAGCUGAAUCAGAAGCCUGCAAAAGACAACCCCAUCUUCCUUCCUACUGACUCUGAGUAUGACUGGCUCCUGGCCAAGAUCUUUGUGAGGAGCGCUGACUUUCAAGAGCACCAGCUCAACGUCCACCUGCUGCGCACUCACCUUCUGGCUGAGGUGUUCGCCGUAGCACUGCUGCGCAACAUGCCCAUGGUGCACCCUCUCUACAAGCUUCUGAUUCCACACACCCGCUACUCCCUCCAGAUCAACCUCUUGGCUCGGGCAUUUCUAAUAGCUGAUGAAGGAGUUUUCACUCAGUUUGCUGCUUCGGGCGGAGAGGGGAUGAUUGAGAUCCUGAGGAGAUCUGUGGCCUCAUUGACCUACAGCUCCCUCUGUAUGCCGGACGACAUCACUGCACGAGGUCUGGAGUCAGUCCCCAACAACUACUACAGGGAUGAUGGACUCAAGCUGUGGGACAUCAUCCACAGGUUUGUAGAGGAAGUGAUUAGUUUCUAUUACAAGAGUGACUCAGAGGUCCGGGAAGACCAGGAACUACAGAACUGGAUCAAGGAUAUCUUUGACCAUGGCUUCCUGGCCCAAGAAUGCACAGGAAUCCCUCAGUCUUUCUCCACUGUGCCAGAGGUCGUCAAGUUCGUCACCGUGGUGAUCUUCACCUGCUCAGGCCAACAUUCUGCUGUCAACUCUGGACAGUAUGACUAUGGUGGCUGGAUGCCCAACACCCCCAUCUCCCUGAAACAGCCACCUCCCACCACUAAGGGGGAGUCUACUGAGAGCACCAUGCUGGAGACCCUCCCCGAUGUCGGCACAACAGCACAGGGCAUGUCAACUAUGUGGCUCCUUAGCAAGCAAUCCAGUGACUUUGUGGCCCUUGGCCAGUACCCAGAGGAGCACUUCAACGAGAUACCACCCUGCAGGAUGAUUCAGAAAUUCCAGACGGAGCUGAAGGUCUUCAGCGAGACCGUCAAUGCCAGGAACUCUGGGCUACCAGUGCCAUACACCUAUAUGGACCCUGCUGUGGUGGAGAACAGUGUGGCCAUUUAGAUAAGCCAAAGUCCUAGACCAGGGUCCAGUUCAUUAGGCACUAAUUGGAAGAAAACACCUUAUUUUUGUUGUCCUUUGUUUAGCGCUUUAAAACGUUUUCCAUUGCGUGCCCUGAUGAACACGACCCAAUGAUUCUGGAGGCAUGCAAUACUAAACAUUCUAAAAUCUACAAAAUGUAUUGAGUAUGUCAAUUUUUGGAGCUUUGCUAAACUAAUGUCCCACUUCAAUCAGAUAAAGGGAAAUCGCACUGCGGGUUUUAACUGUGUUAAACCAACACACACCUCCACAUGGUGUCCCUCUCACGGACAUAGACCUUGUUGAUGUUAUUACUACCUUUGUACGUUUUAAUGGAUGUUAAGAAAUACAGGGACUUUCUGACGGAUUCUUUUCUGGUGCCAUAUAACUAACGACGACAGGGACUCCUGGUGAAAAUGAGCUCUCCUGCUAAAUGAUGUGACACUGAAAUGUUGAUUAACAGUAAACAAGUAUCAGAAUAAUAUGAGAGAACAAUAGGUGUGACUCUCGUUUGCAAUUAA